CGCGAGGAGAAAGACGCGCGAGCCUCGGCGGCCCGGAACCGGCCUUGGAACGGSUGCGGAGCCUGAGGCCGCUUGCCCUCCCGCCCCAUGGAGCGGCCCCCGGGGCUGCGGCCGGGCGCGGGCGGGCCCUGGGAGAUGCGGGAGCGGCUUGGCACCGGCGGCUUCGGAAAUGUUUGUCUGUACCAGCAUCGGGAUCUUGAUCACAAAAUAGCAAUUAAGUCUUGCCGCCUAGAACUAAGUACAAAAAACAGAGAACGGUGGUGCCAUGAAAUCCAGAUCAUGAAGAAGUUGAACCAUCCCAAUGUUGUAAAGGCCUGUGAUGUUCCUGAGGAAUUGAAUUUUUUAAUAAAUGAUGUACCUCUUCUAGCAAUGGAAUACUGUUCUGGAGGAGAUCUUCGGAAGCUACUCAACAAACCAGAAAAUUGUUGUGGACUUAAAGAAAGCCAAAUACUUUCUUUACUGAGUGAUAUAGGGUCUGGGAUCCGAUAUUUGCAUGAAAACAAAAUUAUACAUCGAGAUCUAAAACCUGAAAAUAUAGUUCUUCAGGAUGUUGGUGGAAAGGUAAUACAUAAAAUAAUUGAUCUAGGAUAUGCCAAAGAUGUUGAUCAAGGAAGUCUCUGUACAUCUUUUGUGGGAACACUGCAGUAUCUGGCCCCAGAGCUCUUUGAGAAUAAGCCUUACACAGCCACGGUUGAUUAUUGGAGCUUUGGGACCAUGGUGUUUGAAUGUAUUGCUGGAUAUAGGCCUUUUUUGCAUCAUCUGCAGCCAUUUACCUGGCAUGAGAAGAUUAAGAAGAAGGAUUCAAAGUGUAUAUUUGCAUGUGAAGAGAUGACAGGGGAAGUUCGAUUUAGUAGCCAUUUACCUCAACCAAAUAGCCUUUGUAGUUUAAUAGUGGAGCCCAUGGAAAACUGGCUACAGUUGAUGUUGAAUUGGGACCCACAGCAGAGAGGGGGACCCAUUGAUCUUACUUUGAAGCAACCAAGAUGUUUCCUAUUAAUGGAUCACAUUCUGAAUUUGAAGAUAGUACACAUCCUAAAUAUGACUUCUGCAAAGAUCAUUUCUUUUUUGUUACCACCUGAUGAAAGUCUUCAUUCACUACAGUCUCGCAUUGAGCGUGAAACUGGAAUAAAUACUGGUUCUCAAGAACUUCUUUCAGAGACAGGAAUUUCUCUAGAUCCUCGGAAACCAGCCUCUCAAUGUGUUCUAGAUGGAGUUAGAGGCUGUGAUAGCUAUAUGGUUUAUUUGUUUGAUAAAAGUAAGACUGUAUAUGAAGGGCCAUUCGCUUCCAGAAGUUUAUCAGAUUGUGUAAAUUAUAUUGUACAAGAUAGCAAAAUACAGCUUCCAAUUAUACAGCUACGUAAAGUAUGGGCUGAAGCAGUGCACUAUGUAUCUGGGCUAAAAGAAGACUAYAGCAGGCUCUUUCAGGGACAAAGAGCAGCAAUGUUAAGUCUUCUUAGAUAUAAUGCUAACUUGACAAAAAUGAAGAACACUUUGAUCUCAGCAUCACAGCAACUGAAAGCUAAAUUGGAGUUUUUUCACAAAAGCAUUCAGCUUGACUUGGAGAGAUAUAGUGAACAGAUGACUUAUGGGAUAUCUUCAGAAAAAAUGCUAAAAGCAUGGAAAGAAAUGGAAGAAAAGGCCAAUCACUAUGCUGAGGUUGGUGUCAUUGGAUACCUUGAGGAUCAGAUUAUGUCUUUGCACACUGAAAUCAUGGAGCUACAGAAGAGCCCAUAUGGAAGACGUCAGGGAGACUUGAUGGAAUCUCUGGAACAACAUGCAAUUGAUCUAUACAAGCAGUUAAAGCACAGACCUGCAGAUCACUCCUACAGCGAUAGCACAGAGAUGGUGAAGAUCAUUGUGCAUACUGUGCAGAGUCAGGACCGUGUUCUCAAGGAGCUCUUUGGUCAUCUGAGCAAGUUGUUGGGCUGUAAGCAGAAGAUUAUUGAUCUACUCCCCAAAGUGGAAGUGGCCCUCAGUAACAUCAAAGAAGCUGACAAUACUGUCAUGUUUAUGCAGGGAAAAAGGCAGAAAGAAAUAUGGCAUCUCCUUAAAAUUGCCUGUACACAGAGUUCUGCCCGGUCCCUUGUUGGAUCCAGUCUAGAAGGUGCAGUAAACCCUCAGUCACCAGCAUGGCUGCCAACUUUAGCAGAACGUGAACAGCCUCUGUCAUGCGUGGUAACUCCUCAAGAUGGGGAGACUUUAGCACAAAUGAUAGAAGAAAAUUUGAACUGUCUUGGCCAUUUAAGCACUAUUAUUCGUGAAGUAAAUAAGGAACAGGGCAGUAGUAUGAUGAAUCUUGAUUGGAGCUGGCUAACAGAAUGACUUGCUACUUGUUUACUGUCCUCAAACCUAUAGAAGUUGUUGCUGCACAUGUUGGAAGUUGGUUUUUCCUCUAUGAAACUAUUCUUCACACACCAGUCAGUAGAAGCAAUGACUGUGAUCAAAAACUAUCAAGAUUUUACAAGCACACUAUCCUGAUUUUUGAAUAAAGUAAACUUUCAAACAGGAUUUUAUUUUUUUAAAAAGUCACUGGACAUAUUUAGAUGUUUGUUUUAGUACUAUAGCUACUUUGGAGCAUCAUUGGAGCUUCUUCAAAUCUGGUAAAACAUUACUUGUUUAACUGACAAUAGUACCUUCUAAAGUUUUAAUUUUUAGGUAUAAGGCCAUAGUAUUGUACAUAGAACAUGCAUUUUAAGUAAAAGUGUAUACCUAUGUUUCUGUGGAAGAAACUGUUCACAAGUUACUUCUUGAAUAAUAAGCCUUACUUCCUUGUGUUGCACUCACUAAGUGCUCUUCCUGGCAUAAGGAGUUGGCUCGAUCCCAUUUUUAAUUUUACUACAUAUUUUAACAGUGUCCCCUUCUUACAGAAGGGAUUGUGCAUCUGUGCCUUUAUACCAGUUGAAUGAUAAAAUAUGUUGUGUGCUAUGUGUAUAUGUAUUUAAGAUGUACAUUUAAUAAUAUCAAAGACAUACCUGUUAAUUUAUAAUGUAUUUGAAAAUUUAUGUGUUUUUUUUUUCAUUUGUAAAAAUGGGUUGUUUAAACAAUCAAGUCUUGUCAUACAAGUUUAUAAAGGUCUACAUUCCCUUAUCUGAAAUUGUAAUUUCAAAAACCAAGAAGCUUUGAAAACAAGGUUUUCUUAAGUUUGGUGACAAAAUUAAUAUGCUUUCAAAUCUAAUCUGAACUGUUAUUGAAUCUGUUUAUCCCAUUUAGUGUGAAUAUUCAUGUAUUUUGCUGCAGAAAUAUUAAGAUUUUUGAUUAUUGGGGGAGUGGAAUUAUGUCACAGACUCUUGAGGGUUAAUGUAGUAUGUUAUAUGCACUGAAUUCCUUUCUAAAGUCUGAAAAUUUUAUGAUUCUGAAACAUCUGGCCCCAAUGCUUUCAGAUAAAGGAUGUGGAUCUCUAUCUUCUGUUAAAUAAUUUAGAAGGUAUUAUGUGUUUUUWAAAAUGUGAAAUGCUUUUAUAUUUUAGUUUUUCACUUUGUAUAUUAAAUGAUUUUUAAAUUCCAUUUUGAAUUUCUACUCAUUACAAGAACCAGGUUAUAACAUAACAGUUGAAUAUGGAAUUUGGGAAAAUAUGAAGGUUCAUGGAGUAAAAUUGGAGCACAGAAUUAUGUGAUAGGCUAUCAAGUAUGGUAAAUAUUGGGCAACUUCUUUAAUAUAG